AGGCGGAAGCGGGCGGCGCCGGCAGCGGCAUGGAGGAGGCGGCCGGGGAGAGAAGCAACCUGGCCGGGGUGCGGCACAUCCUGCUGGUGCUGUCCGGGAAGGGCGGCGUGGGGAAGAGCACCAUCUCCAGCCAGCUGGCCCUGGCCCUGCAGCACUGCGGGAACAGGGUGGGGAUCCUGGACGUGGACCUUUGUGGCCCCAGCAUCCCCCGCAUGUUCCGGGUGCAGGACAAGGACGUGCACCAGUGUGACAGUGGUUGGGUCCCUGUCUUCGUGGGCCAGGACAAGAGCAUCUCCCUCAUGUCCAUUGGUUUCCUGCUGGAGAGGCCAGAUGAUGCUGUGGUGUGGAGAGGACCCAAGAAGAAUGCUUUGAUCAAACAGUUUGUUACUGACGUGGCCUGGGGGGACCUGGACUUCCUCAUUGUGGACACACCACCAGGCACGUCGGACGAGCACAUCUCCACGGUGGAGGCCCUGAGGCCCUACCAGCCUCUUGGAGCAGUCCUGGUCACAACACCCCAGGCUGUGUCGGUGGGAGAUGUGAGGAGGGAGCUGACCUUCUGUAAGAAGACAGGUCUACAGGUGCUGGGCAUCGUGGAGAACAUGAGUGGCUUCGUCUGCCCACACUGCUCUGAGUGCACAAACAUCUUCUCCAAAGGGGGAGGUGAGGAGCUGGCCAAGGACUCUGGGGUCCCCUUCCUGGGCUGUGUUCCCCUGGACCCCCAACUCAGCCAGAGCUUGGAAGAGGGCAAGGAUUUCAUCCAGGAGUUUCCCAAGAGCCCGGCCUUCCCUGCCUUGGCUCACAUCACCCAGCAGAUCUUGGCUGGGAUGAGGCAACAGAGCUCCUGAGGAGAGGAUGGAGCUGGAACCUUGAAGCCCCUGGUCUGGCAGCCAACAGGGAAGGGGGAUGGAGAAGCUCUUGAACUUGGAAACUGUCUCAGGGGGGUGAUGGAGGGAGGGUGGAACACUCACAGUGAUCCAGAAGGGAAGUGCUGCUCUGUCCCCCUGAAUCUGAGGAGACCCUGGAUCAUCUGGCUGGGGGGCUCCACGUGCUGCUGCCUUCUCCUGCUUCCCUUGCCUGAUGGAUUUGGUGGUGCUGGGCUCAGGGAGGUGGGGCUGGAUGCUCCCCUGCACACCCAGGCCAGGCCACCUCGCUCCAACCUCUGGGAUCACCGGUUCCUGAUGGGCUGCUGAGGACAUGGCAUGUGCUUGAUGUCAGAAGAUGACUUGAGGAGACCAACCACCCCUCUGAGGGCUCCAUCCCACCGGGCUGGAGGCACCAGGCCUCUUGCUCUGCUGGGAGUUGCCAUCACUCAGGAAUCUCUUUCUUUUUUGAAAGGUCCCAGGCAGUAAAUAUUUCUUAAAAUCCA